CAAGCUCCGGGUUUACGGCAGGUGUCCACGUGACCCUGGCCUGCAGUAGGGUGGCUGCGGUGAGGUACCUGCGCUCGUGAAGGGUGGGUGGUUAGGUCGUAGCCACCGCAACCUCCGGCGGACUCUCCCGGGCGGCCAGGCUCGGGAAAAACGAGCCGACUGAGGCAUUCAUCGCUUAGUGCCUACGGCACGGGUCUGUUCUUUAUGCCACCUCCGCCUUCCUCGUCCCCACCUCUUUUCGGGUGAAGUCCCCUUUGGGUUUCGAGACCUUGGGGCCUGAGGCCCAAACUCGAAACGAACCCCCCACCCAUCCCUCUUUCCUUCUCAUCCUCCAUCUCUCCCUUUGCAUCACCGAAUCACUUAGCCGUUGAGCUGGCCAGCUCGGCGGUGCCUUGAGGCCAAGUUCGAGGCGGUAAAGGUAACGGUGGGGAAAGCAGCCCCCCAGUGGACAAAGGUGGAGGCAAGACUAGAGCAGGCCUAAGGGCCGCAGGCAAGGAGAAUAGGCGGCUGAGGGGGUGAACAGGAAAAAAAAAAAAGAGAGAGAGUACUGCGGAUUUAGAAGGGACUGGAAAGGACUUGUUGCACAAUGGAAGAAUCUGACUCUGAGAAAAAGAUGGAGAAAGAGAAUCUGGGGACAAGAAUGGAUCCUCCCAUAGGGGAACCGGAAGGAUCGCUUGGGUGGGUGCUACCAAAUACAGCCAUGAAGAAAAAGGUGCUGUUGAUGGGUAAAAGUGGGUCUGGUAAGACCAGCAUGAGGUCUAUUAUCUUUGCAAAUUAUAUUGCAAGAGACACACGUCGCCUUGGUGCAACAAUACUAGACCGUUUACAUAGUCUUCAAAUUAAUAGCAGUUUGAGCACCUACUCUCUCGUAGACUCUGUUGGAAAUACAAAGACAUUUGAUGUAGAACAUUCUCAUGUUCGAUUUCUGGGAAACCUGGUAUUGAACCUGUGGGACUGUGGUGGACAGGACACCUUCAUGGAAAAUUAUUUCACCAGCCAACGAGACAACAUCUUCCGUAAUGUGGAGGUUCUGAUUUAUGUCUUUGAUGUGGAAAGCCGCGAACUGGAAAAGGACAUGCACUAUUACCAGUCAUGCCUGGAGGCCAUUCUACAGAAUUCUCCAGAUGCCAAAAUCUUUUGCUUGGUGCAUAAAAUGGAUCUGGUACAGGAGGAUCAACGAGACCUGGGCUUCCCUGGUGGCGCAGUGGUUAAGAGUCCGCCUGCCGAUGCAGGGGACGCGGGUUCGUGCCCCGGUCCGGGAGGAUCCCACAUGCCGUGGAGCGGCUGGGCCUGUGAGCCAUGGCCGCUGAGCCUGCGCGUCCGGAGCCUGUGCUCUGCAACGGGAGAGGCCACAGCAGUGAGAGGCCCGCGUACCGCAAAAAAAACAAAAACAAAAACAAACAAAAAAACACUUAUAAACAAAUGUUCCAUGAUUUUUAAAGAGCGAGAAGAAGAUCUGAGGCGUUUGUCUCGCCCAUUGGAAUGUUCUUGCUUCCGAACAUCUAUCUGGGAUGAAACUCUCUAUAAGGCUUGGUCCAGCAUUGUUUAUCAGCUGAUUCCCAAUGUUCAGCAGCUGGAAAUGAACCUAAGGAAUUUUGCUGAAAUUAUUGAGGCUGAUGAAGUGCUUCUAUUUGAGAGAGCCACUUUUCUGGUGAUUUCUCACUAUCAAUGUAAAGAACAGCGUGAUGUCCACAGAUUUGAGAAAAUCAGCAACAUUAUUAAGCAAUUUAAGCUGAGCUGCAGCAAGCUGGCUGCCUCUUUCCAGAGCAUGGAAGUCAGGAACUCUAACUUUGCUGCUUUCAUUGACAUCUUUACAUCCAACACUUAUGUGAUGGUCGUGAUGUCUGAUCCAUCCAUUCCUUCUGCAGCUACUCUGAUCAAUAUCCGCAAUGCCAGGAAACACUUUGAAAAGCUGGAAAGAGUGGAUGGACCAAAGCAGUGUCUUCUUAUGCGCUAAAACAUUGCCAAAUACUGUUUCAGAAAAAAAUUGGAAUACUGUUUCUUAAUCUUAAUGUUGUAUUAGUAUAUAUAGGCUCUGAAAUGUUGUGAUGCUUAUCACUUCUGUAUUUCUUCCCUACUCCCCAGUCUUAAUGUUUAACCUUGAAUGCUGUUUACUCAAAUAGCCAGUGAGGAGUUAGAAGAUGAGCUGUUUAUGAAGUUGGUGUGACAUAUAAAUAGGUGAUAUAUAAGUGUUCUGAUAACAACGUUCUAAUAGUGCAGGUGUUCUGUUAACCUGGUUCCAGUUGUUGUGUAUGCCAAAGCCUUUCCCAGCGUCAUCUUGUAUUCCUUACCAGAGAGUAACCUAUACGUUUGGAAUAUUACUGUUUUCUCAGCAUGCAUUAAAAAUAUUCCUUAACUACAAUUGUAAAUAAACUUUU